CGCAGCAGCAGCAGCUCAUCAACAUCGCAUCUCCUCUUCGAUAAUGUAUCUGGGCUGCGGCCAUCUUGUAGGGAUCAGAGUACAGUAGCUUUGAUCACCGAUCUGAAGAUGGAAAUCCGUGUCUUUUUAUCACAAAACUAGUUGAAACUCAAAUAUGGUAAAACGGAAGACCAUUUCGGGUGAUGAUUUGGAUGGAGAUCAGACGAUACCAUUGCCUAUCCAAUCUUUCUUCUGGCGGCAGACGAGGCCAUUCAUUCGACCAAAGUUGGAAAAGCUCUGUGAAGCAUCAUGUGUGUCGUUCGAGCGUGUGGUAGUCCAGAACAUCCUGCAUGGGUGUUCCCCGAGCCUGUGUGCAGCAAUACAGAGUGUGCCUCGCUGGAAGGUCAUACAGGCGGCUUUCCCUCACGUCAUGCAUGCCUGUUCAACACUCCUCACUUCUUGCAAGCGCUUAGAUAUAGAUGCCAGGUUUGGUUCUAAUGAGACAAAGCUGCUGUACAUUCUCCACUGGAUCAUAUUGGAUGCUGCCUCAGAAUGUGAAGAUCAAGAGUCUGAUCCUCUCCGUAAUGGAGGUCGUACCCUUGGCAACAGCGGCUCCUCAGAACAGAUGCACUCUCUCAGCACAAUACAGCUGUUUGUGUACCUGUUUGCCCCACUCCUGGACUAUAUGGAUGACACUGAUUUUCAGACCCUAAAGUUAGAGAAUGGUUUGAGACUUUGGCAGCCAUUGUGGGACUACAGACAACCUGACAUACCCUGCUUUGCGACACCUGUCAAACCCCAGAGGAAUGUACUAAAGGCACAGCGAAGUCUGCUGAAGAUCAACACUAAUGCAGGAUACGUGUACAUGGGGAAAGGAACUUCCAGAGAGAAUCUUAAUGUUGGAUGCAUGGAAAGAAGCAUAGAAUGUGAAGAUGAAAACAAUCUAAGCUGCAAGACAAGCACUGGUGAAUACCAGUCGCCACGGGCACCGAUAGUCACCAUGUCCAACAUCUGCCCGUCGUCUACUGGGGAUUCACAAUCGGCCAACAUUGAGGUCAUCUGUGAACACUGUAAUACUGUCAUGUCUAUGCGCGGGGCAGGCGACGGCAGUAGGCGUUGUAGCUGUGGACGGCGGGAGAGUUCUACCUCCUAUGACAAGAUGAACCCUUGUCACAACAGGCUCCCGUCGCUGAUAGAUCAUGACUUCGUGAAGCAGAGGUUAGUGAGUGCUGUAAACAGUGGGGUGAAGGGACCGACUACACCAGACAUCCUGAGUGCAAGCUAUUUUGAUGUGGCAGUUUUACGGUGUCUGUUUUGCCAGUAUUGGUCCGAGGAUGGGAUUUAUUGGGCACUCAGAUACAUACAACAGCGAUUAAUGGAGGUCUGUGAUGAAGUGUUCCGACGAACAAACACUGAUCGAGCAAGGAGCCGUUCUCUUCCUUUCUCUGACAUCAAAGUCCUGAAAAAUGGGAGUCUUCCUUACAAUCCAUUUGAGACACACAGGUUUUCAGACAAAAGAGGAUCAUCUGCCAAAGGUUUCAGCAAACUCACCUCCAAACUGACAACUAUUCGUAGUGGAACAGAGAUAGAUAAGCUUUCGCCAGACAGACCUACACACCUGUCUGCUUUUGAAGAACUCCGAAAUCGGGAGACAAAGAGGCUUCGACUUGGAGGUGGUCGGCGACACAUUGACACUGGAACCGCUCAGAUAAAUCCAACAAAACCUACUAGAUUAUCCCCCGUGGGUGCUCCACCUGUGAAACAUGGAGUACAGUUUGCCACAUCCAAGUCUCCAGGAAUCUCUACCCCAACUUCAUCUUUCACUCAUGGGUCGAAAGACGACUCAUCCAGUGCUGGUACUAUGUCCACUGGCGAAGGGGAUGGGGACACAGACCGGGCCUCAAAGAGUCAACACUCCUCCACCAGUGGUAAGACUGUCAAGUUUCCUUUGUCCCUCAGUGGGAUCACCUCCUUUGAUAGUGACAGAAACAAAGGCAACCGUAACACAUACACUAAAACCAAGCUCCAUCCCCUGGGCUUUGACAAAGAUUCCGCUACUGACAGUAGUAGUCACGAAUCCUCCACCUCUUCCCAGCAGGGCGAAUCCACAACCAAUGACUUGGGCCAGAAGAAGUUUGACACAAUGCCAAAACCUAUAAUCACAGUUACAGAGCAUAGCUAUGACUUUGACGGAAAGAAGGAACCAAUUUCUCCCAAAGGCUCAAUGAAUGGAGGCAGUACAGAAAUUGAUGAUGAUGGAAAAAAGAAAUCGGGCAUCUCUCGUAGUAUGACGGACUCUGACAUCAGCUAUCGUCAAGAAGAUGAGGUACAUGAAGUACCUGGAUCUGUUCACUAUAUCCAGGACAAUGGUCACAUCAACUACAAGGUCAUCCUCCAGGCUGUCCACUUCAUCAGUAACACUCAGACCAGUGACCGCAUCUGUGAGGUCCUACUCAACGUCAUGAACUGGCUCCUUGACCUGGACAUUAUAGAGCAACCUAGGGACAGCCAACCAAAGACACCGACUACUCCAGCCUCUGAGGGUGACCGACCGCAGGAAGCGGAGGAGAAGGAAGGAAGCCCAUCACAGGCCAGGACGUGUACAGAGACCGAGGGACAGGGAGGAGACUCCACUGCACACAGUCUGGCCAUGGACACACUACUCAGCAUUUUUAAAGCUCUUGGUUGUCCCCACGGGUGUGGUGAUGGUGUUCGGGGAUCGCACGGUGACCUCCUGAGGUUAAAAGGUCAAAACUGCUUGCAGAGAUUACAAAGGGUCAAUGCGGUCCUGUUUAGGUCGUACCUGAAAGACACCAUUAAGAAGUCACCAUUACAAGACAGUGUGGACUUCCUACAUGCCUUUCUGGGAUUUUGCGUGGAGCCUUGUCUGAUUCUACAGCAGAGUGAGAGAGCGGAGCGCUCAGCAUCAGGUUCACAGGGGGGCAGUAAGAAGAGCAGUUGUCAGGAAUCACAGCAAAAUGGCUUCCAGAACAACUUCGGCCACACAAUUGGUGGAGUAGGGUACCGCGGAGUAGAGGGUGUCAUUAUUGCCUCCAUCUUCAAGUCAUUUGUGUCCCGAUGUGUGGAGAACAGUCGAGAUCUGUAUGGCAGUGACAACAUUGGACUGUUCUGUGAUGUGCGACAGUUUAUGGCCUAUGUUAAAGAGAUCCAUGGUGGAACGUUCCGCCGGGUUGGCCUGGGAGGACUCCUUGAUUCACAUCAAGCCCUGAAGCAGAAGGAAAAGAAACAACAGGACAAACUCAAGCAGUCUCUACCCAUCAGGCGUACUACAUCGCAGACUUCUGAGAGUGGUGAUGAACGCGAGACGCGGCGCUCUAUAUCGACUGCAUCUGAGGAGUCUGGCAAAACUCGCAAGUCGCUGUUCAAGAAGAAGCUUAAGAAAGUAACCUCAUCGCUAGCCCUGCAACAGUAUGCCGCAGCCAGCGACUCCGAGCUGCUAGACGAAUCACACAACACCAAGCAUAACUCACAGUCACCCACCACAGAGGAUGACUCUAUAGCCAGCAACAGUACCGGGAGACGGCGCUUCAGUAAAUUCCACCUAGGCUGGAGACGAGCCGCCAAGUCUGACCAUGAGGAAGAGGCCCUUAGUGAUCCGCCACCUCUUGACCGCCGAGAAAGUCGCAGUGAGUUACAGUUCAACCGAGUCGGCGGUAAAGGGAAAAUGUCCUUCAAGACUGCCAGUCAUGCAACAGUCACAUUCUUAAGUGCCAGGAAACGGAUUGAGGGCGGUUUGAAAAGUCUUGGAAAACGGAUGAGUAAACGAGGCAGUGUGGAUAACUGGAAGACCCACCAGUCAACAACGGCAGACGAUGCAGAGUCCGAGUCCACACUGACCAAGGAGAAGAAGCUGGUUGAUCGUUUCCUGGUGAAAUCUGGGAUGCUGCGGUUCUCCUUUCUCCUGGAGUGCUGUCAUCCAGGCUCCAUACCAGACCCAACCCUCGUCUCCGCCAUGCUAGAACUGGAUGCACCUGUGAUUGCCAGAGCAUCCCUGUUGUUGGAAUGUGCUCACUUUAUCCAUCGCUGUAACCAUGGCGACUGGCCAAACUGGAUGCACCUGAACCUUCCCAGCUUCCGUCACUCUGCCUCAGCUUUGCAAAACAGAGGCCAGCCAUCUGGUUACAGGCGAACUCUGACCUUACAGAAGGCAGCUGGGCGAAUGUUCUAUGCUUGGGCAGAGAACCUUGGUACCAUGCUGCAGUACAUUCUGUCUAAAGAGUACGCCAGUAAGCUUGACGUCAUUGGAGACGUAAGGUCGGAAGCAAGGAAACGUGAACUCAGAACCAUGGAUGAUGAGGAAGACUUUUUAGAUGAAGCUACAGUGAAUGACUCGGGUAGUUCAUGUCCCUAUGCUCUCAAAAUGAUAGCCUGUCUGGUUCUUCAAGAAAUCACAACUUUUCUACGAGAAACCUUUCGAGAUUUACCAAAAAGUCGUAGUCCUCGAAGGGAAGGAGGAUGCUGGGAACGCAAUCUGACAACACGUAGAUGGAGCAGCAUAGUGAGCAGUCCCGGCCAUUCCCCGGGUUCCGAGUCCAACAUGGCUGAUAUUCCUCACUCCUCCUCUGGUGUUGCAGUAGGGAGUCCAGGGGUUGGAGAGAGGAAGAUCAGUUUUGCUGUCCUGGGUCAUGCUGACCGGUCCGACUCUUUACAUAGUAGUACAACAUCUAUCUCUGUACUGGACCCGACCAUGUCACCACAUAUACCCGGAGAUGAACGCAAAGGUCGGAGACUUGCCCAGGGGAGACAGAAGUUGUUGAGGUACAAUAGACGAGGAUCCACACAAAACACAAGCUUCCGGCAUAACCGCAGCUUCCGACUGAUGAGGCAAGCGGAGGGAAGUAUAAAACGUAUAGGAAGUGUAAAGGGAAGAAAGGUUAGCAGUCAGUCCCUGCAGUCUGGAGGCGAGAGGUUUCCGGAAGAGGAUGGAGUGGAUGACAUGGAGUCAGUCCUGAGUGAUGAACCAGAGAGUGGGCCCGAAUACCAGGAGGCCGAUGACUACAGUCUCUGUCAGAACAUGCCCUGGAUUAAGGUGGUAGUACAGUUGGCAAACUUGUCCAACUUCAUCUGCCCCCACCAGAGCUACUGUCAUCCCAACUGUUACGAGCGACAGAGGCGGUCCUGCUCACGCCUCGUCACUGCAAUGAGGAAAGUGUACCUGUCGACAGAGCAUGACCCAGAAACUCUGGACAAAAGUAAACAAGGCCUACAUGCAGAUUUCUUGAAGGAGAGACUCAAGCGAAGGGAGUCCAUAUUCCAGCAAAGUUCUCCGACCAAGCGACGAGAGAGUACUCCACUCCUGGAAAAGAUCAAGACAGAUGUGUCUAUGAGCAAACUGAAGAUGAACUCCACCACAGUGAAGAAGGAAGAAAAACCCAAGGAAGUCAAGGAGGACACUGCCAUAAUGAAGUACAUCACUUCACAGGUCCAGAAGCUGACACAGUGCCCCAUGGGGAUCCUUGCGAAGGCAGCUCCAAUCUUGACGGAGGACAACUUGAUAGACAUCCUACCUGUAGCGUGGGAGCUGAUGCUGGAGACCGACCAGGAACUGGCAGCUGCUGCAGCAUCAGUGUUCCUGCUGUCCUCAGUGAAGACGCCAGACAAGGCACACGCCUUGAUCACCAAGGAAUUACAACAUGAAGACACAUGUCAGAGGAUAAAUGCUGUUCUCAGGUUUGGUGUUCUUUGGAAAUUUAGACAUCAAGUUUGGCCAAGAAUGGAAGAUGGAGGAAACAUGUUCUUCAAGCUGCCACCACCCAACAUAGACUUUACGCUGCCCUCGCCAACCAUUGGCCUGCCCACUCAGACGGUGGUGGACCCACCCUGGACUCCACACUUCAAGGCCAAGAUAGAGGAAGUGACAGUCAACCAAGAAGGCACAAAAUCCUUAGUUACCGCAACCACCACCCGUAGGAAGGAACAACAGGAAAUGAUCCGGAAAGCUCUCCAGGCAGAGGAGGAGAGAAAGCGGGUUGGACGUGAAAACUUCCCAAUGACGACAGUUUCCAUCACCCAGCUUGCAGCCUAUGAGCCGGCACUCCACCAUGCAGGGGAGGAGCACGAGGAAGCAAUCAUUCCUGAGGAGCUUAACUUGGCUGCACGGCGUGUUUCCCUUGCUCCCGUCAAUCGUGCUAACGUCCAAAGUCGUAGCUUGUCCUGGAGAAAUGGUAGUGUGCAUUGGGCCAGAUUUUUACUUGAAGGUGAAGAGGAUCGUACAGAACACACACAUCACAUGCAGCUGGCUCAGACUUUUUUCCCAUCAUGCAUCUGUGCAACAGCAUUACCCAUUCUGCAUCUGUUGGAUGACCAGGAUGUCAAUGCAGAUGGCAUAUCAGUGGCAGAGGUGGCAGAGAAGGUCAUCUGGACGUGUAUUGUGGAGGACCCCAUCCUCUUUCUCCGACACUUCCUGGAGAAACUCACUCAUAAGGACAAGCAGGAAGAACUGUUGUACCUGUUGAGGAGGAUGGUGCUGUACUUCCAGGAUCUGCCCGCCCAGAUGGCUCACUCACUCUACAACUACUUGACUGGCUAUGUCAUGUUUUAUGUUCGGAGUCCCUGUUCCGGCAGUCAGGAGGCCAUCGCUGGGGCCCUAGGCCUCAUCUGGCAGGUUAUCCCCAGUGUGGAUGAUUUGUAUUUUAAAGACCUCAAACAGACACUGAAGAAGGAACAGUGUGAUCCAUACAUCAUGAUAUCAGCCAAUGUGCCCAGUGCCAAGAAGAUAAUAAUUCAUGGUACUGACCAAACUGGUAUACCAUCUCAACUUCCUAUACACGAGGACACCCAGUUCUCCCAGAUUCUUCAGGAAAGCCUUGAUUUCUUCAAUGUACCGGAGGAUGAAUAUUCCUCCUACUUCCUUGUUGAUACCAAGUCAAAUCAGAUUCACAACCUGAAUGCCUAUGUGCGAGAUUUCUACUUCUUCAGGAGGAACGUCUACCCUCAGCUGAGUCUUGUUAAGAUGAACCCUGAUCACGCGUUCCAAAGCCUGGAGAAGCAGGCAUUCAUCCUGAAGUUUGUGGAGAUAGGGAAGGUCUUAUUCACACAUUCAGUGCUCAAGAGCACUGCUCCACAUCAGAUGCAGAACCAUGUAUCUUUUCUACAUGAAGAGUUUUUGAAGCAGCCAUCAUUUCCACGCAAAGCUCUAGAAGCAGAGUUUGGACUAUACCAUGGAAAAUCGGGAGAGGAGCUGUAUGGCCUGGAUACGCUGCACAAACUCUCUUGGGUUAAGUUGAUGUCAGCCAUCUUUUCAAAGAUGACGAGUACAUUUUCGUGGACAAAUGAUCUCCAGUUGUUCCUGAACGUGAUAAACGGCUGUAUGAUACUACACUGUGAGGACACGGCCUUACUCAGGUUCUGUCUGUCCACCCUCAUCAACACAUGUCGUCACUUUAAACACAUCUUCUCCAUGAAUGGGUUUCUGUACCUGAUGCCUACCCUGCUGAAGAUAUACAGUAACAACCAGCCUAACCCUGUCCUGUGUCAGGCCGUUGAGUAUGUCUGUAAACAGUUCUACAUCCUACACAGGAAGCCAUUCAUACUUCAGAUGUUUGGCAGUGUGACCCCACUACUGGACAUGACCUCUGAGGAUACAGGGCUUGUGGACUGCAGAAAGGUGCAGCCGGACUGCCUCUUCAAACUGCUGCUAUCCCUGGAGCGUGACACUGUAGACAGUCUUUGCAUACUGGAACUCAUCCAGGGAGAGAAACCACUUCGGGCUCUGGAUUUCUGCUAUGAGAAUGACCCUGACCGCCUGGAGAUGAUAGAGGUCAUCAACAUGUGUGUGACCGUGAUUGGCUAUGCCCCGGACUCCUUCAGGAGUGUGCAGAUGCUUACAGUACUGGAGGUCGUAGUAACACGGUACCUGGAACACCUACGAUUGGAGACAACUCGUCAGGACAAUCCUCCCGCAGCCAGAGCAGAAAUCACUAUCAUCACCAACAUGGGUAUUUCCAUCCGAGCACUGCUCAGUUGCUGUGAAUACUUUACAAGGGGGCUAGGGGGUGAAGGUUUUGACUCUUUACAGACUUAUAUAGAUGUAUCCAGCCUCAGAGACCUUAGAGGUUUGACCACAAACUUUUUCAGGAACAUGAGUCUCCCUCAACGUCAGCUGGAGAGCGACAAACCCAACGUGAAGUCCAACCAGAGUAACCACUCGCCGCUGGGUGGAACUAGUUACUAUGACGACAGGGAGGACUCGCAUGCUAGCUGUCGUCACAUGGAGGAAGGUCGUAAAAAGGCCUACACACAGGACAGCGAGGACAUGGAAAUGAGGACGGAGUUCCGUAAACCUCGGGACUCUCUUCUCAGUGUGGUGGCCGAGUUUUACGCCUCCUGCCAGAGUCGCCUCAAGGAGCUCCGCAAGAUGUUACAGGACCCAUCCUUCAGACCGCCAGAACUCCUGGAUCAUAAAACACACAAUAGAUUGGCCGAGAUAGCCAAUACACUGCUGAAACUAGCCCCCUAUGAUCCUGAUACUCUCAGAUGUACAGGCCUGCAAAGAUAUAUGACAGAAAUCUUGCCUAUUACGGACUGGAAACAAGAGGCCAUUCGACCAGGACUGAAUCUGAUUCUCCGAAGGCUUGAUAGACUCUUCAUCAAGAUUUCUAAAAAGACUGCCCUUAGAAGACAGGCCGACUGGGAUGCUGCUGCUAAUCUGCUGAAAGGUGUAUUUCUCACACUGAAGAAGUUCCAAUACAUAGCACAUCUCCCACAUCUAAAGGAUAAUCCGUCGGAUAGGACACAAAGCCUUUUGUCUAAUAUACUACAGACAUUAAUCGGCGCUGUCCUCAGCAUCAUACUGUCCGGACCAGGAGGAGCCGUGCUGCCUGAUAACUUGUUCAGUUUCCAUGGCAGCCACCGUAUCGAACACAUCACGCAGAGCAUACUCACGCCGCCUUCAUUCUCUUCGGCAGUUGUAAAACUAGUCGCCAUGCAAAUGGCUGCUCUAGGGGAGCAGUUCUCCUUAGAGCAGAUCUGUGGGGGGAUGGCCGAGUUCCCUACACCAGAGAGAUACAUCAACAUCCUCGUCAACUUCAUCCUGCCCCUGUGUGUACGACUAGGCUGUGGUAGAAAAGACACGCCCAAGAUGAAUACAGAAGAUGUCAAGUUUGCUCUCCAGGUGAGCUUGAAUGUGCUUUGUCCACCAAUAAAGAUCCGUUCUCAGCAGCAGGGAAACACUAAGUCGACCACACUACACCACCUGUCUAUCAGUGAGAACCACCGCUGUAGCAGCUACGGACAGCUGGACAAGGGCUUCAAACACGAGAAUGAAAUGUUGCUACACACUGCCUACCUAGGUUUGGAGAUUUUGAUGACAUGCUUUGACAAGGUGCUGAGUACAGAGUGGCACAAGGUCACGCACUGCAUACAGAACCUGGGAUGUAAAAGCAAAGUUUCCCUGCCCAUGUGGAAGUUCCUUGACUUUGUUGUAACCUACCGGCCAUCCAUCUUUCUGUUGCUCCAGCCAUUUAUACGAUACAAGAUAAUGCGUAUCAAUUGUGACACUGCCCAGGAGUACUACAUCCAACAGACCAUCAAGGACAAGAUGCUCGGCUACAGCUUCACGCACCCCAAGUGUAACGCCAGCAUCCUACUCCAACUGGCAGUGGAGCUACAGGCACUCAAGGACGAGUUCCACACUGUUGGUGCAGGAGAGUUUCGGUCUGCUUCUGCUACUGAUACAACAGAACGAUCAGACAUGCCACUGACCCAGAUUCCAGAGCAGCGACGCCAGGCCAGUAUCACUGACAUCGCUGUGGAGAUUAUCAAUCCUGUGUCCAAACCAACACUAGCCACCAUUGGGAAGAAGGCCAGUAGAGCCACAAUAUUUUCCCAGUCAAGUUCGAGUACAGGUGCUCCGUUUAAGACCACUGUUGUUACCUCAAGUCUGGACAGUACCAGUCCUGUUUUGUCGGAGAGGAAGGUCAGUCGCCGUAUUUCUGCCAAAGAUGGCAGCAACAUCCUGGAGAAGUUCAGAAGACCAACCAUGGAUGAUAUUUCUCCUGGAGACACUAUAGUGAUGUCCGAGGCCACAAAGAUACAGCGCCAGCCAAACAUUGUGCUUCGGUCACCUGGUGCAUCUAAACAGAACAGCUUGGAUGAACAAGGCAGUGUUCUAUACGAAAGUGACGAAGGAGACACACCUAAUGGGGGAGGUAGUAUCUUAUCUGGUCAUUUUGGUGGAGUGACCAGUCCUGACCUUGACCCCAGGUCACAUAGGUUCCAGCGACAAGACAUCAAAAGCCGUAAAACAUUCAAACGUAAGAAAACAAAAACCUCAAGCAAAGGACAUUAUGCAAGUAAGAACGGUUGCGAUAAAAGUGAUAACUCUCCUAGGGGAUCACCUACACGGCGCCCUGCUUACCAUGGAUCCCCAACCCAUAGGUAUCACGCCACUUCUCCCCAGAAACUUCAUCGGUCACCACCCAACAGGUCAUAUGCAUUUCUCCAGCAGAAUGCAGAGGCGGAGCUCAAAAACCUUCGACAGGUGAGAUCUACAUUGGUGGGUGCAUCGUCCCCAAGUGCAGCCCGUUCUGUGGAGAUGAUUCCAGAGAGUGUAGAAAUGAAGCCAAGCAGACCCCGUUACAUUCAACGGUCAAAAUCACAUGACGACCCCCACGGAGACUUCCAUGCCCCAGGAACCGCCAGAGGUCGCAUUGCCAGACAAGGUGCCCGCAUUGUAAGGUCUAGAUCACCAUCUUGUAGUCCUGUUCGAGUUGGGCAAUCGCCAACAGCGAGUCCAACAAGGAACCAGGCCUACAUUUCUCAGUACGACUCCAGUGAUUCGCUGAACGCCAAUGAGAGUUCCGCAUUGCUGAAGGACGACGAUUCCCUCAGCUCUCCCCAGUCCAUGUGUAUUUACUUUGACGAGAGAGGAAGAACAAGAGACACUGUCAUGUGAUACAAAAAAACACCAAACUGGAAGUUAAAUACGUUAAAAUCCUGUUGAAUUGAUCACAUGCUAUUGUGAGAUCUGUGACAUAUAAUAAAUAUAUUGUUAUGAAGUAAUCUCAAAUUUCGCCACCUUUUGUGGUCAUAAAGGAAUUGACGCUUCAUCAAGAGAGAUGUAUAAAGUUGAAAUUAUGCAUGCAGUGCAGACAUGGUGAAUGAAACAAGUGGCAUGGUAUAAAGGUUAUACUGUAAGAAACUGUUAGUUGUUAAUGCAAUGUUAAUGUGUGUGUUUGUCCGUCCGUCCAUUUGUUAAUGUUCUGUCAGUAAUCAAGAGAGAGUGAGAGAGAGAGAGAGUAAUUUUAAAACAUUACUGUGGAUUCAAAGAGGUUGAGUAUGACAAAGUUAUGAAAGUGCAUAAGUGUUCUUGUGUAUUUAUGAUGUAAAUUCAGACAUAUAAAGCAGAUACAAAUGUCGUCAGAAACCUCCGUGAGAUAUGUAAUGCUUUUCUGUUUGAGAUACACAGUAUACAGACUGUUACCAAACAUGAAGAUUAGGUGCAUUCAAACUUGUUGCCAGUGAAUGUACUCUGGCAACUGGAAAGGAAUAUCCUUUCAUGGGAAGUUUGAUAGAAAUAAUUAACAAAAUCUCAUAAAAAACACUUUUUUUAAAAACAUUUUGGGAUCGAUAAGGGGAAGAUAUCUUUGAGUUUGUUUUGAUUGUCUUCCUAUCUGAUCGCCAAAUGUUACAAGAAGGCACAGAACACCAUAUUGAUACCUAAAGAUAAUUUAUUGUUGCUAAGAGUUUUGGAUUCGCAACAAAUCACCAAAGUAUUCACCACAUACUGCUGUAAUAUCCUAUCUAUAAAUACCCUAACAGUAUUAACACAUAACAGCGUACCGUAAACGUCGAUUUGGUUGUUUGUUUUGUUUCCUUACAGCAUAAUCAAAUAAAACCAGUUGUCAUGCAUGCUGACAUUUACUUUCAUUUACAACUGUAUAGGUUGAUCGUUUAAACUUUAAUGUUUUGUUUGCGACAUGUUUUAAUAUUUUGUUUUUAUACUGGUUGUAGUUUUCAAUAUGUGUUUGGUCCUUUUGCCAUUAUAAGCCUUACAAGAAGGCGAAUUCAACACAGUUGUCAAAAUAUUACAUACUCAUAUAUAAAUGUAUAUAAUUCUGCCGUGAAAGAUACAUGUAAUAUAUAUUCAAAACUAUUUAUUUUUCCUUGCCAAGACCAAAGGGCAAGGAUUUGGGGAAUUAAAAUGUUAUGCUUUGCUUUUACAGUUGUCAUAAUUGACAUGUGAACUGAAAUCAACUUUUUCAUGGAUUCGGAAUGAAGGAAACCAUAUAGAUGUUAUUGUGAUACGUUUGUAUUUGUCUGAUGUUAGUAUUUUAAUCUUUGUUUCAUGUUUUUUGAUACGAGUUAAGCAGGAAGGAACAGUCAUUUUUUGUGAUAUUUGUCGGAGGGGAAUAACAGAACACCUGUUGUUAUAUCGUACUGAUGGACUUACUUAUUCUUAGAACUAGAAGGUGCCUUUCAGUAAUGAUUUGCUAUUGUGAAUUACUGCUAGUAAGUACUGUUUUAUGCCAAUACACAAUCUCUGGAAACAUGAUCUUCCCC